AUGAUUGCGAAAACCUCAAAUCCAAGCCAGCCCACUAACUCUGAGCCUAUGAAGGCGGUCGGGCUGCUUGAUGAGUUUAACCAAAAGAUUACAGUCCCAGCAAUUGGAACUGAAUUUCUGGACGCUGAUCUAGUGGAAAUCAUGGAAGCAACCAAUUCGGACGAGUUGCUACGUGACCUUGCUAUCACAAUCGCGGAGCGAGGGGUGGUUAUGUUUCGCAACCAAGUAAGAUUGGACGGAGAGAAACACAAACAGCUAAUUGACCGUUUGGGAAAACUUUCCGGUCGUCCGGAGGAAAAUGGUUUACUGAAACAUGUCCUCCAUCCUCUGUACAAUGAUGAUCCGGAAAUGAUUACCCUCAUCCCUGAACGUGUGGCGUCGCGUUAUGGUUUCAAUGAGGUCAAUUACAAGCGGCAAAAUCACGCCAAAGAAUGGCAUACAGACAUGGCCUUUGAGAAAGACCCCCCAGCUUUCUCAUCGCUAAGACUGGCUGACGUACCUCCAGCGGGGGGAGAUACUAUGUGGGUGUCACUAUAUGAUGCAUAUGAUCGAUUGAGUCCCCCAUUUCAAAAAUUAUUCGAAGGUCUAACCGCCACAUGGGCUAUGCCGGGCUAUCGCCCAUAUGAACACGAUGAGCGCUCUUACAAGGGACCACGGGGAUCUCCACGUAAUGCAGACUUUGAGUUCGAGGCCAGACACCCCUGUGUUCGUACCAAUCCUGUCACGGGAUGGAAGGCUCUUUGGGUUGGUGGCGGCCACUGUGCAUUUAUCAACAAUGUUACCUCGGAAGAGAACACCGAUCUACUGAAUAUCGUCGAUCGCUUAAUCACCAAGAAUCAUGACAUUCAGGUCAGAUACCGAUGGGAGCAUGCCAAUGAUAUCGCGAUUUGGGAUAACCGGAGUGUUCUACAUAUUCCUACCCGAGACCAACAGGGCAAGAGACUGGGCUAUCGUGUGAUCACAAUUGGUGAAACACCAUACCUAGAUCCCAACAGCGUUUCCAAAUUGGAGGCCCAAGAGGCAGCGGCCGGUGUUGAGAAUGAUCCAAAACUGCAGGCAUUGAAGAGUGUCAACUUGAUGGGAAUGAAUGGCACGAAAGAAUAUCGCUGCGUAGAGUACUGGCAGUUGAAUAUCCAAAAUGCGUACAAAUGUGAGGAGACAUUCGCCAACAUCAUUCCAGGAACGAGAGACUAUCUUCUUCAAAACACUAUGUCGGUAUCACCCAUGGAUAAACCCCCAGGAUCACAAUGUCGAUAUCCUGGAAAUCGUGUCGUCUGGGAUGGCCCAGACGACCCAGAACACCCACAUAAUUGGGCAUUAUGGAGAAAACUCUCCGUAGUCGUUUUAUUGACCCUAUUGACAUUGGUGAUCACUAUUCAGAGCAGCAUAUUCGGCACUGGCGCCACUGAUUUCGACAAAGAGUUUGGUGUGAGUAAUGAAGUCGGCAUCCUAGGAACAACUAUUUUCUUGUUGGGUUUCGCCGUGGGGCCUCCUUUCUGGGCUCCCAUAUCGGAACUAUAUGGGCGCAAAUGGCCGAUGGUUAUCGGAGUUACCAUCGCGUCUCUGUUCACUCUUAUGGUCUCCCUGGGCCAGAACCUGGCAACUAUUUUCCUAGGACGCUUUUUGUCGGGACUCUUCGGUAAUGCGCCAAUAUCCAUCGUCGGCGGUGCCGCAACCGACAAUUGGAAUGCCAUCGAUCGCGGCAUAUCGCUCGGUGUGGUAAUCGGCGCGGUGUUCAGCGGUCCCAUGAUGGGUCCCGUCAUUGGGGGAUUUGUUGCAGAGAAUUUGAAUUGGCGAUGGAACUUGUGGUUGAUGAUUAUCGCCGGGUUUGCAAUGGCGCUGAUCUGUGCUUUGUUUUUGGAAGAAUCAUACAUACCUCGAGCCCUAGUCAAAAAGGCAAAGCGUAUCCGGAAAGAAACCGGGAAUGAUAAAUUGAAAACAGAAUUGGAGGAAGCUGGAGUUGAUUUAAAACGCAUAAUUUCUGUUUACCUGGUACGGCCUUGGAAACUUUUCGCCACUGAACCCAUCCUAGUGUUUGUCACUAUUUACCAGUCGUUUAUUUACGGGAUCGUAUAUCUAUUUUUUACAUCGAUCCCGAUAGAAUUCAAACAGAUUCGACAAUGGGAUCCUCAGCUAGCCCAACUACCUCUAUGUGCGAUGCUAAUCGGCGUCUCAAUUGGAAGCGCCAUCAAUGUGGUCUAUACAAAAAGGAUUCUGGCACGCCAACUGAAACAAACAGGAGGCGGUCUCGUUCCGGAGCAACGCCUACCAUUGAUGAUAGUGGGAGGGUUCUUGUUCCCAGCAGGUUUAUUUUGGUUUGCUUGGACUUCUGACCCUAACGUGCCAUGGCCGGCAAUGGUUGUGGCAGGKAUUCCGACAGGUGUGGGCAUGUUCUUGAUAUGGAUUCAAUGCUUUACAUAUCUGAUAGAUGUCUAUUUACCCAUUGCAAACAGUGCUAUUGCUAUCAACAGUCUGUCGCGGAGUCUAUUUGGAGCCGGUUUCCCGUUAUUCACCACCGCGAUGUACAAUCGUUUGGGAUAUGCGUGGGCUACGAGUCUAUUGGCUUUUUUGGGAGUAGCUAUGAUUCCGGUGCCUAUUGUGUUCUACUUGUAUGGACAGAGAAUCAGGUCCUGGUCCAAGUUUGCCGUCAAAGCUGAAUGA